CACACUAAAAUAUGUCCGACCUCUACUCCUUGGGUGAAGGUUCACUGCGGUGACACUGUUUCUUUAGCUGUCUACUUCUGCAUUGAUAAACGUUUCAGCAAUAAUGUCUGGACGUGUCCUCGUUGGAGUUAAGCGAGUCAUUGACUACGCCGUUAAGAUUCGUGUGAAGCCCGACAACAGUUGCGUGGUGACGGAUGGAGUUAAACACUCAAUGAACCCCUUCUGUGAGAUCGCUGUUGAGGAGGCGGUCAAGAUGAAGGAGAAGAAGCUUAUUAAGGAGGUUGUGGUGGUCAGCUGCGGGCCACAGCAAGUAAUGGAGACCAUCCGUACUGCCCUUGCCAUGGGAGCAGACCGUGGCAUUCACGUGGAAGUGACUGGCAAAGACUAUGAGAAUUUGGGACCCCUGCAGGUCUCUAAGAUCAUGGCUGCUCUGGCCAAGAAGGAGGAAGCUCUACUCGUCAUCCUCGGCAAACAGGCCAUCGAUGAUGACUGCAAUCAGACUGGUCAGAUGACAGCAGCCUUACUGGACUGGCCUCAGGGUACUUUUGCAUCAGAAUUGUCAAUGGAAGGAGACAAGAUUAAAGUAGUGAGAGAAAUUGAUGGUGGCCUGGAAACUGUUAAGAUCAACACACCAGCAGUGAUUACUGCAGACCUUCGACUCAACACUCCCAGAUAUGCCACCCUGCCCAAUAUCAUGAAAGCCAAGAAGAAGAAGAUAGCCAACGUGAAGCCUGCUGACUUAGGGGUGGACAUCACGUCACGGUUGGAGGUGUUGAGGGUGGACGAGCCUGCCCAAAGAGAGGCGGGGGUGAAGGUGGAGACGGUGGACGACCUGAUGGCCAGACUGAAGGAGGCAGGGAGGAUAUAGAGGCUUUGGGAGCAUAAGCAGGGAGAACAACUUGGCAGAAGGGACUCUGAAUGAAUAACUGGACUGAAUUGCACAGGCACGACCGGAGGAGCAGUUUAUGCAUCUGUCUAAUCCCUCUGUUUGAGAUUGUGACUCCUGAUAUAUGCAGGGAGGUACUGACGGGAGAGGAGUACUGAGAAACACUAUCUGCAGCCCACCCAGACCACCACACAAGAAUCAUCUUGUCCUUUAUGUGCAUUUUAACGUCUAAACUCAUCUGUAUCACAGGCUCAGAAUCUGAUUUAAGACAAGCUGUCUAUAUGCAAUAAUUGAACCACAGAAAUGUCUAUUGGUAUAAUUCAUGCUGCUGUUUUAUUACACUGCCGGAGCAAUACAUUUCAUCAACAGUUGCUUGACUCUGCUGUUUAAUCUUGUGAAUCUGUAGUCACGCAUGUUACGAGGUGCAGUUUCUGUAAAUGAUAUUUGUAAAUAUGGACCCACAUGUCAAGAUGAUUAUUCCUUUCAAGAUUAGCGUCAUGCCUGCUGGUGAUUUGUAAAGCUUGUGUGAUUUGUAGCAGGGUUUCAGGAUUAAGACUGUGUGUCUCAGUAUAAGCAAAGGAAGAUGGUCAUGAAUCUGAAUUGAACCAUAAGCGCCUCAAUAAUCUGUUGAUUGUACAGAACAUUACUAUGACAAUAAAGCAGCAGUCUUUUUCAUAUCUAAACA